GGGACGGAUCACUCAGUCCGGUGACUCGUUCUCUCUCUCUCUCUCUCUCUCUCUCUCUCUGACUCUCUCCGACCCGUACCAUUUCCAGAUCCCCUCUCCAAUCUCUCUCUCUCUCUCUCUCUCUCUCUCUCUCUCUCUCCUCUUUGUAUCGUCAGAACGAAAUCCCUCUAUUCAAUUUAACCGAGGAAAAAAGUGGGUCACUAUUGGCAGUCAUUAGAUCUGGGUUUCCAAAUCCAAUGGCGGUUGCAGUCCGAGGCGGCCGUGGAUCGUCGUCGUUCGCCGGCAGUGGCCUCCGCCACUUGUUAUCGUACCGGAUCUUCGUCUCCGCCAUGUUCACUCUCCUCUUCCUCGCCACUCUCUCCGUCCUCCUCACUUCCCACCCCUCCUCGUACCACGACUCUGUGAUACCGACAACUGGAAAUGCCUAUGUUCAGCGGACAUUUCUAGCUUUGAAGUCUGAUCCAAUCAAGACUAGAUUAGAUUUAAUCUAUAAGCAGGCAAGAGAUCAUGUUGCACUUGUGAAUGCCUAUGCGGCUUAUGCGAGAAAGCUCAAGCUUGAGAGCUCUAAGCAGUUGCGGAUGUUUGAUGACUUGGCACAGAAUAUCUCAGAAAUUAUGUUGAAACCUAGUUAUCGGGCAUCAUUGCUUGAGUCCAAUGGGCCAGUGGAUGAGGAUGUAUUGAGGCAGUUUGAGAAGGAGGUUAAGGAAAAAGUUAAGUUUGCAAGAUUAAUGAUUUUGGAAGCAAAAGAAUCUUAUGAUAACCAGUUAAAAAUCCAGAAAUUGAAGGAUACAAUAUUUGCAGUUAAUGAGUUGCUCAUUAAGGCUAAGAAGAAUGGUGCAUUUGCUAGCCUAAUUGCUGCCAAAUCGACUCCAAAGAGUUUGCAUUGUCUUGCAAUGCGGCUCAUGGAGGAGAGGAUUGCGCACCCUGACAAGUAUAGUGAUGAGGAGCCUAAGCCUGAGUUUGAGGAUCCGACUUUAUACCAUUAUGCUAUCUUUUCAGAUAACGUCAUUGCGGUAUCUGUUGUAGUAAAUUCAGCAAUAAAGAAUGCGGCAGAGCCAUGGAAACAUGUUUUCCACGUUGUUACUGAUAGAAUGAAUCUAGCAGCAAUGAAGGUUUGGUUUAGGAGGAGGCCCAUUGAAGGGGGUCCAGGUGCUUAUGUCGAGGUGAAAUCAGUGGAGCAUUUCCCAUUUUUGAAUUCCUCUUAUGUGCCGGUGCUUCGGCAACUUGAAUCUGUGAACAUGCAGAAGUUUUACUUUGAGAACAGGGCGGAGAAUGCCACUAAAGAUGUGAAUAACAUGAAAUUCAGGAACCCCAAGUACUUGUCCAUGUUGAAUCACCUCCGAUUCUACUUGCCAGAAAUGUACCCAAAGCUGCACCGGAUACUUUUCCUCGACGAUGAUGUCGUGGUUCAGAAGGAUUUAACGCCCUUGUGGAAAAUCGAUAUGGAUGGGAAAGUGAAUGGGGCUGUUGAGACAUGCUUUGGGUCAUUCCACCGAUAUGGUCAGUAUUUGAACUUCUCUCAUCCUCUUAUUAGGGAGAGGUUCAAUCCCAAAGCUUGUGCCUGGGCUUUCGGAAUGAAUUUUUUUAACCUUGAUGCUUGGAGGCGUGAGAAAUGCACCGAGGAAUAUCAUUAUUGGCAGAACUUGAAUGAGGAUCGAACUUUGUGGAAAUCGGGGACACUUCCGGCUGGCCUGAUUGCCUUCUACUCAACAACAAAAUUCUUGGACAAAUCAUGGCAUGUCCUCGGACUUGGGUAUAAUCCUAGUGUUAGCAUGGAUCACAUCAAUAAUGCCGCUGUCAUCCAUUUCAAUGGAAACAUGAAGCCUUGGCUGGACAUUGCUUUGAACCAGUUCAAGCAUCUCUGGACGAAAUACGUUGAUUAUGAGAUGGAAUUCGUACAAGUGUGCAAUUUUGGCCUCUAGGUGAGUACUUUUCUUACUACUACAAAAUUGUAGGUAGCUUUUCGCAGGUGGUAAAGUAUUUUUUUUUCAAACGAAGGUAAUUUCAAACUCAAAUUAAUGAAAAUGAAAAAUAUUUUUUCAAUUUUUUUUGCACCGUUUAAAAGAUCUCAAUGAGAUCUAUCAAACAAGAUCCACAUUGGUAGGAAAAUUAUUUUUGAGCUUGAAAUUACCUUCUUUUUCUAAAAGUUCUUUUUCUAAGAAACCGGAACACCCCCGCACGUCCUCCAAGAUUGGGUUGCUGUCAUUGUUCAUUUUGGUUUACAUGUAUUUUUUCAGGGUUCUGCACAUCCUGGUUAGAUAUAACUUUCAGAGCGAAGCUCUGGGCUGCUUUACUCAUUCUUUCCACCAUCCCCCGUCUAUUGUUUUGGUUGUGAAUGCAUUAGUUCUAAUAUGUGACCAACCGUCGAGGUCUUGUAUACAUGAAGAUGAUUCUUUUGUAUGAGAUAUUCUCUAAAGAUGGAUUUUGUGGCUCAGAAAUGGCAAUAUCGCGUUGUUGAUUCGAUCCCCC